CUUUGUGGACUUGAAGUAGUUCAACCUCACCCUCAAAAUCACUAAUAGAAGGUUCUUGUUAGAGACAAGAAGAAAAAGAGAUGGUUCUUCGGUUCAUUUAUUCAGUCCUUCUAUUGUGUCUUCUGCUUUUAACGUGUGACCAUGGCGAUGCAGUCAAAGAUCUGAAAGAAAAACAUUGCGAUGAAGAGGAGGGAAAGACUUCUUCUUUGUCGUCGUACAUCGCGCGCCUCGAAAGCAAAUAUAAACCUAGUUAUGUUGUAUAUGAAACUGAUGAAAAGAUUGCACGCCUCGAAAGCAAAUAUAAACCAGAUUAUGGAGUGGAUGAAACUGAAGGAAAGAGUUCUUCUCCAUCUUCUUACAUUGCUCACCUCGAAAGCAAAUAUAAACCUGGUUAUGUUGUAGAUGAAGUUGAUGAAAAGAUUGCAUGCCUUGAGAGCAAAUAUAAGCCAGGUUAUGGAGUGGAUGAAAUCGAGAAAAAGAGUUCUUCUCCAUCGUCUUACAUUGCACGCCUUGAAAGCAAAUAUAAAGCUGGUUAUGUAGUCGAUGAAGCAGAGGAAAAGAUUGCACGUCUUGAAAGCAGAUAUAAACCUGGUUAUGGAGUGGAUGAAGCUAAGGAGAAGAGUUCUUUCCAAUCGUCUUACAUCACACGCCUUGAAAAUAAAUAUAAACCGGGUUAUGUAGCAGAUGAAACUGCCGAAAAGAGUUCUUCCUUGAGGUCUUACAUUACAGAUCUUGGAAGCAAAUAUAAACCUGGUUAUAUAGACGAUCAAGCUGAGGAAAAGAGUUUGUCUCAACCAUCUUCCAAGAUGAUGGAGCAUCACAGCAUGGAAAAUCACGGGGAUGAUGACAUUGGAAGUGAAGAGGUAGGCGUGUUCACCAUAGAUGACGUACGUGCUUUCCAUGUAGGGAGGAAACUAAGCACCUUCUUUUCCAUCAGAAACCCUUCUCUUUAUCCUGGUUUUUUACCUAGAGAAAUGGCUGAUUCUAUCCCUUUUUCAUCAUCAGAAACCUCCAAAAUUCUCCAAUUCUUCUCAGUCUCUCCUGAGUCACCCAAAGGCAAAGCCAUCAAAGAUACACUUAGAAGAUGUGAAAUUGAACCAGCCAAAGGGGAGACCAAAAUCUGCUCUACCUCUUCAGAAUCCAUGCUUGAAUUUUUGAAGAAUGCUUUCGGGGAGGCUAAUUUCAAGUUAAUAAGCACAAGCCACCCGACGAUGACAACCCCAAUAUUGCAGAGUUACACAAUUUUGGAACCUCCUCGAGAGAUUGAGUCUCCAAAGAAAGUGGCAUGUCAUCCCUUGCAAUACCUUUACGCAAUUUACAUGUGCCAUUACGAUGCCACUGAGACCAAGAUUUUCAAAGUCCCGCUAGUUGGUGACAAUGGAGAUAAAGUGGAUGCUCUCAUUGUUUGCCACAUGGAUACUUCAGCUUGGAGCCCUAAACAUACUGCAUUUAGCUUGCUUGGUACCAAGCCUGGAAUUCCUGUUUGCCAUGCUUUUUCUGAAGGUCAUGGUGUUUGGAUUGAAUCCUCUAUACCUGUUGCUACCAUCUAAGUGUACCUUGUUCGAUGUAGCUCUCCAACUAUAUCAUGCUUCUGCUAUCGUACAAUUCUAAUCACCAUGCUAUCUGUAGUAUAAAAAAUAACAGUGUCCAAUGUAAUAUAUUCAAGUAUGUGAGGUUAGAAGUUGUACUUGGUCUUUCUAUGUAGUUUUUGUAACAUGGCACUUUAAUUUCUAUGUCAC